AUGGUGGAUAUUUCACAGACUGGUACAAGUCUAACUGCUGCUGCGAUUGCUUCUGUCUUCCUGUUCUUCUCCACAAAACUAUUAACUCCUCCACAAGACCACAAUGCACAUGGAGAUAACUUUAGAGUGAUUGGUCCCGACCAUCCUAUCCUGGUCAAUGUUGGGGAAGAUGCCCUGCUGACCUGUCAACUCCUCCCCAAGAAGAAUGCAAUGAACAUGGAGGUGACCUGGUACCGCUCUGAACCCAACACACCUAUGUUUGCAUAUCGGGAUGGAGCUGAGGUGACUGAGAUGCAGAUGGAGGAGUACAGAGGCCGGGUGCAGUGGAUUAAAGACAAAAUUAUUGAGGGACAUGUGGCACUGAAGAUGUACAAGAUCCAACCAUCUGAUGAUGGGAAAUACUGGUGCCGUUUCCAAGAGGGCAACUAUCAGGGAGAAGCAAGCUUGCAGCUCCAAGUAUUAGGUGUGGGAUCCUCCCCUAAUGUCCAUAUGCAAGGCUGUGUGGAAAAUGACCUCCAGCUGUUGUGCACUUCAAAAGGCUGGUUCCCAGAGCCCGAAGUUAAUUGGAAGAGUAACACUGGAGAGCAAUUGCCAACUUUCUCUAAGCAUCACCUUCUAGAUGAGGAUGGGCUGUUCUAUGUGGAAUCCACUCUUGUGGUCAAAAAUGCCUCUCUGGAGAAUGUGUCUUGCUUCAUCCACAGCCAUGAGCUCAAUGAGAAGAGCUCAACCAUUUCCAUCUCAGAGAAAACCCAGACUGAGCUUGCUUCCUUGAAAGUUAUUGGAUCUUCUCAGCCCAUCCUUGUCAGAGUGGGAGAAGACAUACAGUUAACCUGCCACCUGUCCCCCAAGACUAGUGCAGAGGAUAUGGAGGUGAGGUGGGUCCGAUCCCACUAUUAUCCUGCCAUUUAUGUAUAUGUGGAUGGGGACCACAUGUCUGAAAAGCUGAUGGAAGAAUACAGAGGGAGAACUGCACUGGAGAGUGAUGCCCUUAACGAAGGGAGAGUGACCCUGCAGAUACGCAGUGCCAGGAUCUCAGAUGCUGGGCAGUACUGGUGUCUUUUUGAAAAAGAUGGUGUUUACCAGGAGACCAGUUUAGAUCUGAAAGUAGCAGGUCUGGGUACUUUCCCACUGAUUACCAUGGAGAGACCGAAAGAGGGAGAAAUACUGCUAACGUGCACUUCAGAAGGCUGGUUCCCACAGCCCUAUGUGCAGUGGAAGGAUAUGGAAGGACACUCUUUACCAUCCUACUCAGAAGAGCUGUAUGAAGACAGUCAUGGGUUGUUCCAAGUGAAGACACUUCUAUUAAAAACUGACUCUGAUGUGAAUGUGACCUGCUCUAUCAGUAAUACACUGCUUGACAAGGAGAAAAUGGUAUACUUUUAUACCUCAGGUCAGUGGCUACUUUCAUAUGUUCCUGUCAGAUUUGGGAAAUAA